AUGACGGGAAGCCGACACAAACCUUCACCCCAGGGGAAGCCGACACAAAACUUCACCCCAGGGGAAGCCGACACAAAACUUCACCCCAGGGGAAGCCGACACAAAACUUCACCCCAGGGGAAGCCGACACAAACCUUCACCCCAGGGGAAGCCGACACAAAACAUCACCCCAGGGGAAGCCGACACAAAACUUCACCCCAGGGGAAGCCGACACAAACUUCACCCCAGGGGAAGCCGACACAAACCAUCACCCCAGGGGAAGCCGACACAAAACUUCACCCCAGGGGAAGCCGACACAAAACAUCACCCCAGGGGAAGCCGACACAAACCAUCGCCCCAGGGGAAGCCGACACAAACCAUCGCCCCAGGGGAAGCCGACACAAAACAUCGCCCCAGGGGAAGCCGACACAAACCAUCGCCCCAGGGGAAGCCGACACAAACCAUCGCCCCAGGGGAAGCCGACACAAACCAUCGCCCCAGGGGAAGCCGACACAAAACAUCGCCCCAGGGGAAGCCGACACAAAACAUCGCCCCAGGGGAAGCCGACACAAAACAUCGCCCCAGGGGAAGCCGACACAAAACAUCGCCCCAGGGGAAGCCGACACAAACCAUCGCCCCAGGGGAAGCCGACACAAACCAUCGCCCCAGGGGAAGCCGACACAAACCAUCGCCCCAGGGGAAGCCGACACAAAACACAGACCUUAUUUUACGUGUUUCUAA